GUGACUGCGACCAGGUCUACACUGACAUUUGAAUUGAUGCAGCUCAUCUGACUAAAGGGAUCUCUACUCAAUUGGGGUUCUACGAGCAUGGCGCUCCUCGUCCGCUCGUGUCCUCUCCAGUUCAUCUGCGCAACACCGAAGCUCUCGAAGCUCUUCCUCCAGCUCCCUCCCAGCUGCCGCUCCUUCCACGCCUCUCCGAGAACCCAAUCCAUCGUCCUCGUCGCCCACGAUGCUCUUACGGGCUUGCAUUCCCUCACUGGCCUCCCCUGGGCCUACACCAUCCCGCUCUUUGCCCUCACCCUCCGCACUACGCUCAUCCUUCCCCUCUCCAUCUACCAGCGGCACGCCAACAGAAAACAAGCUUCUCUUGUCCCCAUAGUGCAAUCAUGGCGCCACGCUCUACAACACGAAACAAUGCGAGAAGUGGGUCAUUUAGGACCUGUCGUUGCACAAAAUACACUCCUGCGCAAGCUACGAAGAAAACGAAACGAAAUAUACAGGCGGUGGGGAUGUGGGUUGUGGAAAAACUACCUCGGGCUCGCGCAGGUGCCUGUGUUUCUCGUCACGAUGGAAGCCCUUCGCGCCAUGGCUGGUGCUCAGCAGGGCUGGUGGGGAAUGAUAACAGGUUCUCGGAAUGUCGGUGCUGACACAGAUGCAUUGCUCACAGCGGAUGGGUUUACUGGCACAGCCUUGAUCCCGGUGGAGAGUUCAUUUGCAACUGAAGGGGCUUUAUGGUUUCCAAACCUCCUUCUCGCUGAUCCACAACUUUUGCUGCCCUUCAUGCUUUCCGGAGCUAUACUCCUCAAUCUUUUUGGCCACAAACCUGUCGCCCUGGGACCCUGGCAGACACGUUUUCGGAGGUCAAUGGGCAUUGUUGCUUUGGCGAUUGGUCCUAUUAUGAUACCUGUACCCAGUGCUUUGGUGCUUUACUGGGUCAGCUCGAGCAUGCUGGCUUAUGGGCAGUCGUUAUUGUUGGAGAGACUGAUGCCGAUCAAAAAGCCUGUUAGGCCGUGCAAGCCGAAGAGACCCAUGAAAUCUGGAUUGGGUCUACCGGAGGAGCGGAAGCUUUGAACGAGGCAGUGUACGAUAAAUGCAGAAAGGGUGAUCAUUUUAGAUCAUUUACGGUGACGAUUCCGAACCAUUGUGUAUUUGAGUUGCAGCGGAGAACGUCUCCCUGACAUGGACCAGGACCUUGCCUCUCUCUGGUUUUCCUCCCAUGGAACGCUUUAUUGAACCUUCGUAGUUUCACGGUCCUGAACUUUUGGACCCUUUCUCUGAGAAAAGGGGGUUGAUCACGUGGCCACCCCUUAACCUUAGCCGAG